AUGUGUGAAGACCACCUUGACAUGGAACAUGACACAAUCAAUUACAUGAAAUAUAAAAUGGGUUUCAGUCAAAAGAUACUUUUGGCAGAUAAGGCUGUGCCCUCUAAACUCUAUUGUCAAGAUGAACGCAAAAGAAGGCUAUCUGCUGCAGGACCUUCUCCAGAGACAUCAGAUCAGACUAGAGAUGCCAUUACAUCGCCUGGAGUUAGUCAAUGCGAUAAGGACUUGGUCGAGAGCGAGGCUCCGCAGACAAACACGAAUGCUCCGGAGGAUAUGAUUGAGUGUACUUAUUCUUCUUCCACGGAGAGUGCUCUGAGCGACGAGGACGACCCAUCAACCUUUACAACAUAUGAGAAUACCCAAACCACAGAUGAAAGGAAGGAAAGAGAAGAGAUCAUAGAACGGUAUAAGUGUUACAGGAUCAUAGCCAACGUGUACCAUUACCUGAACGAGGAGUACGAGUGGCUGAAGAGGCAGUCGGGGGCUCUGUACGACGUGAGCGCGCUGUCGGACAUCCCCGCGCGCACCGCGGCCGCCGCCGGCGUCUCGCGCCACAGCCUCGCGCGCGCCCUGCGCCACCACAGGACACGCGCCGCCGUCCGCGCAGACCACACCUACGGCAAAGAGAUCGCAAGGACAAAUACGACCCGUACCAAGUCCAAGAUGGCUAGCUUCAGUGUUAGAAUGCGCAGAAAAGGUGGAACACAGAGUCACACACUUAAAAAAAACCAAGAGAAUGAUGGAAAUGAUGGCAAGAGAGUGAGACCUUCCAAAAAAAGAACUACUAAGAGUAGUAAUAGAAAUAAACCCAGAGAUAUGGAACAAUUACUGUCAAAAAACAGGCAGAGCAAGGGCAGUGUGCCGAGUCGUAAGCGACCAACAAACGAAGAAGUACACGAUGGCGAGAAUAUGGGACCUCCCAAACGAAGAUCCACUAGGAUCAGCGUCAGAAGUAAACCAUGCGAGGAGGAACAAUUGCCGUUCCCGUCCCCUAUUCAGCUGAGAGUGCACGGGGUGAUGGAAACGGAGUACAAGACUGAACCCACUGAUGAUGAAUGCCCACCGGCGAUAGGAGAUGAUCCACUUGAGACAGAGUCCUGGUCCCACCAUCCACAUUGUGAACCUCAUUGUGAACAAGCCUUAACCACAGAAGAAACAGAGACACUAUUUAAGACUGAGCCCGCUGAUGAUGACUGUUUAGAGGAUUUAAAACCUGAUCCACUUGAACUGGAGUCGAGUGCAGCUCUGGAGGAGCCAUCUGACUCACCUGACACAACACAGCUUGAAGUGAAGUUUGAAUGUGUGGACGAGGACAUGGAUAUGAGUAAAGAUUAUUCAAUAUUUGACCACACGCCUCUCGACAUUAAACCAGAACCACCGGAGUGA